CGAGGACUCGUGUCUGUAUUUAAAGGCAGAGAUCGCUAUUCAGACUCCUCAAGGCAUCUCACAGCUCUACCAGCACAGAGGAUCAGCGUGACUCUAGAACUCACAGGUGUAAAGCCCUGUGCCACUGAUAAGAUGAGGAAUUCUGCAGUUGGUCUCGCAAUUUUCUUCCUGAUGGCAGUAAGAACAUGUCAAGGAAGCUGCGGGGAGCCACAGGACACUCAGGAUUCUGGUGCUCAGUCCAAGAAAAGUUCAGACAUCUACAAACUUCCAGCAUCCCUUCUGAAGAGAUACUAUGAUGACGAUUCCUAUGAUGGUUUUGUUGGGCUCAUGGGCAGGAGAAAUUCAGACUCUAAAGAAUUCCCCUCGUUGCCCUUAAAACGAGACAUGCAUGAUUUCUUUGUUGGUUUAAUGGGGAAGAGGAAUUUACAGACAGGGAAUCCAGCAAAUGAAGACAAGGAGGAGUCUAAUUCCAGGUACUCAACAAAAUGCAGAAUGAAGUUCAGACGUUCAAUUUAAAAUGUACAGUACAGAUGGUCUUCUCAACAUAAACAUUAUCCGUCCAAUGCCAAACACGCUGGAUUUCUUCUUUUGUACCACAGAUGAAAAGCCCCACAUCUGUUGCAAUAUAUCUUCACCCUCCUUUGUGUCUGGUUGUGUCUCCAUCAUGCUACCAUCAGUACACCAUCAUAUAUCAAACAAAGGUGUUUAUCUCUAAAUGCCUUCUACUAUCAGAUUUCCCGUAUGCUGACAUGUUUCUCUGUUGUCACUUUGUGUCAUGAGGUGUGACUCUUUUCUGAUUUCUGUAAAUAGCGUUUGAAUAUUGACAGAUCAUUUUUGGUGAACAAUGAGACAAAUGUGUGUCAGUACUUGUGCACUUUCAUUUGGUGAUUUGUCAGCCGUAUCAACAGAAUUCAACCAUGGAUGAAGAUCGGUGGCUUGCAGGUGGGAGAUACAAACAGUACCGAAGAAAAAAGUCUUGGAGUUUGUUUUGACUCGUAUUAGGAACGUCUCUUGUGCUCUACGUUUAACUUCUCUGUCACCCCUCAUAAUGCCGUGCCUAUCACAUUACCAGCCAUGCUUACAGAUACAAUGUAGCUUAAAGAUAAAACGGUCACAUUCAAUAAUAAUAUUUUUACAUACGA